GCUGGAAUAUUGCUGAGUGUGGCGUUAAACAAACAAACAAACACAUAUAUGAUUUUACAGGACCUGCUCUCAUCCCCGGAGCGCGACAAUAUCAGUACCAAUUAAAACAUUCGUCAUUUCAUCAACAUGCGUUAAGGAAUGAAUGCAUUCAUUAAACCCCCUGAUGUUGUGUACCACUCGUUUGAUUAAUAACCUAUACCGCUGACUGGGCAAACAUAAUGUAAUUGUGCAGCAUCCCGUGAGACGAUGACGCCACGACGAGACAGGUGUGGUGGAGGGUAGGACGUCAGUGAGGGAGGUGACAUGGAGGAGAGAGGGUGUCUCAGUGUUAUCAGUUUAAUUGUGUCUUGAGCCACAAGUUGCUAUUUUACUAAUACAGCUUCGAACAUGAUUGUCGUAGCUUUCUUGGUGGUCAUAAUCGCCAUAUUGUAUAGAAUGUCAAGGUCAAGGUCACGAAACCAUCACCGUUAUCUUCCCCCGGGUCCCAAGCCACGCCGCUUUACCGGGAACCUACGAGAUUUAAAACUUGAGAAAGUGCCCCUGGAGCUGGAAGAACUCGGGCGUCCUUACGAUGGUAUGUUUACGUUCUACGUGUUCUCACAUCCGGUUGUGGUCCUCCAUUCCUACAAACUCAUCAAGGAGAUGUUGGACUCUUCAGAAUACAGCACAGCGUUCAGCGGGAGAAUAAAAUGUUACGCGGGGAUGAACCUGGUUCCCGAGGACAUUGUGUUCCAGAACAAUACGGAGCGAUGGCGGCUGCUGCGGAAGAUAGCACACCGCGGGAUUAAGCAGUACGGUACCGGUCUAAUGAACGUGGAAAAGCAUGCUCAGGAGGAGUUACGUAGAGUUGUGGCGCGACUCGGAGCCUCGGGAGGCCGGCCCCACGACUGCCUCGCGGAUAUACACAACUAUAUCUGUAAUGUCAUACUCAUAUUGGCGGUAGGUCGACGUUUUGAUGCCGGAGAAGACAUUUUGGAGUACGUAAACAGCAUCGUGGAAGGCUUCAACUACAUCACCCACUUCAGACGCUCCUCCGUCCUGGACACGAUGCCGUGGACAGCCUGGAUUCCCUCCCAGACAGGCAGAACGUGCAGGGACAUCAAGACCAACAGGGACAAACUCAUUACAGCGAUCGAACAGAUGAAAGAGUGUCAGGGGGAGGCUAUGCCGGACUGUCUGUACACGAUGCUGCUGCGGGAACGCGACGAAGGGAGAAUAUCUAGGAACGCCGUAAAGGGCGUUCUGUUGGACGGGCUGGUGGCAGGUGUGCUGACAACCCGAGGGACGCUGUACACAAUGCUCCUAACGCUGGUUCAUAAUCCGGAUGUACAGAAGAAGAUCCAAGAGGAAAUAUCGCAAGUUAUCGGAAUAUCCCGCAUGGCGAGAUUGCAGGAUCGGAGCAACAUGCCGUAUACAAGGGCGGCCAUCUUGGAAUCUCUCCGCUUCACCCCCCCUGUGGCUCUUCCUCCAAUGAGGACCUGCAUCCGGGACACUCGCCUGCACGGAUACCAUAUUCCGAGGAAGACGAUGGUGUGGUACAACAUCUGGUUCGUUCAUCAUGACCCGUCCUUCUGGAACGAACCUUACACCUACAGACCGGAACGAUUCCUGGACGAGCAUGGCCACCUCGUGCCCCCAGAGGACCAGAGAAGACAGAGGCUGCUGACGUUUGGUAUCGGCAAGCGUCAGUGUGUGGGUGAAAUCCUGGCCCGGGUCCGCCUCUUUCUAGGCGUGGUCACCAUACUACAGAACUUCCAUCUGGAGGCUGACCCCGCUCAUCCUCUCCCAUCUCCUGACCCCAGAGACGUCGGCUUCACCGCCUUCUACAACACGCCCCAGUAUAAGAUCAGGUUCAUACCCCGCGAGGACACCACUAGCAGAACAUAACAGCGUCAUUCAUCUACAAAAAGAAUGGAAAAUAUGUGUAAAAAAGCCCCAAAUGAUAAU